AUAUAACUCCAAUCUUCAUUACAUUUUAACUACUUGUUAACUUUUUAGCUAAUGAUCUGUUGAGCACUCUGUAGUGUAAUAAUGUUAGUUAAUGUUCUUACUGGAAUAAAAUGUAGCUCUGGGUCUGUAAAGACUGAAACCAUUGAUUCAAGCUGUUUUGUCAUUGUGACUAGCGUUAACCUUCUUGUUUUUCCACUCAUCUAAAGAACCAAAUCAAACAAGUUACUAGAGGUCAAAGUCCAUCUGCCCUCUAACAGGAUUUCAGCUCGGUUCUUCCACCUUUCCUGUAUAUGUAGAAGACUUCAAGUGACGAGUUCAGAUCAUCCUCAUAUAAACGGAGACACACAGCCAGAUGACACUGACUUCAUAACAGGGCUCACAGCGAUGGGUUCAGUGAAAGGUAGCGGUCCCCUCACUACACAUGUGUUGAACACCGGGGACGGGGUCCCAGCGGCACGAAUGGCCCUCAGUCUACACCGCCUGGACCCCCGCAUGACCAUCUGGAGCCUCAUAACCUGUGGGGUGAGUCAACGCAUAAACACAAAUGAGGACGGCCGCUGUCCAGGACUAAUAACCAGCGAUGCCUUCACUCCAGGAAUGUACAAGAUUCGCUUCGAGACGGGCCAGUACUGGGAGAGUUUGGGACAGUCCAGCUUUUACCCCUAUGUUGAGAUUGUCUUCACUGUGAGCGAUGCUGAUCAGAGCUUUCAUGUGCCGCUGCUGGUGAGCAGAUACUCAUACAGCACCUACAGAGGGAGCUAGAGAGCAGCCACCGAUAAACACUAACACUGCACUCACCAAACUGUGCUGGAGUUUCAAGCACGUCAUGUUCUAAUGGAUCCAAGAAAUCACAUCAAGCAGCAGCGCUCAACUUACUGCAAUUAUCUGAAAGUCAACCUGUUGUUCUUUGUUCAAUAUUCUUUUGAAUGACCAAAAAUAAACAUGUUUAUUAUUGUCA